GUGACGUCACCCGGCUGCGCCCGCAUCUGUUGAAGACAGUUUUGCGUUUUGAAGCGUUUAAAGCGCCGUUUUCGCAAUGAAUUCGUAGCUCGACAUCCACGUUUAGCUCCAUCGAUCAUGAAUCGGUGUAUCGGUAAAGAUGAAGUCCGGUAGAGAGGAUGGAGAAACAGAGCAAACUUUUCUCAGGGGUUCACAGCGAGGACAACAAACACAAACAAGUACGAGAUGUUACCUGAAAGCAUGAGAUGUUACCUGAGCUAACUCUAAAUAGUGAAGUGGAAACAAUGUGUCCAGAUCCUCGCGACAAACUCUCAUAAAGAUGGCUUUUGUUAAAGAGGAGAGAGAAGAGCUGAAGAUUGAAGAAGCGUUCAGAGUCAAACAUGAAGAUACUGAGGAAGAAACAGGUACCGUUCCCGCUUGUCUGCCCAUCAGUUUGAUUUUCUGUCUGUCCGAGGAGCUGCUUUCACCGGAGAAGGCCGUCAUCUGAGACAUGAAGGGGGUGCCCUGAUUGUUCAGUAUCUCUGACCUGACAAAACGGCUUAACUUUGGCCCGGCCAGUGGAAAUAAUCACGGAUGCAAUCUUUAGUGUUUGUGGCCCAGAGAUGUCCGGCUAAGGCAUGGAUCUGAGUUGACUGCAAAACCGCUUCUGUCUCUGGAAUGAGUGUCAUCCUCUCCCUUGGAGAUGGGGUGAGGAGCUCAGAGUAGACCGCUGCUCCUCCGCAUCCAGAGAGAGGCCAGCUGAGGUGGCUCUGGGAAGACCUAGGACAUGCCGGAAAGCCAACAAUUCACUAAAAACGUUUUUUUAUUGGACGUUUGUUGAAUAGCUGAUGUCUCUGAAAGAGGAGAGACAAGAACCCAAUGAAAUGAACGAGAAGGAUCAAUGUGUGGAACGUAGUCAUUUUACGACUGAAAAAACAUCUUCACAAAAAACACCUAAGAAAGCCAAACCUAACGCCUGCCAUCAGUGCGGAAAGAGAUUUCUGCAUAAACAGUCGCUAAAGGACCACGCGAGAGUUCACACUGGAGAGAAACCUUUCACCUGCCUUCAGUGCGGAAAGAGUUUCAGGUACAAAGGGAGCCUUACGAACCAUAUGAGGACUCACACCGGAGAGAGACCUCACACGUGUCAGCAGUGCGGAAAGAGCUUCGGUCAAAAGAUGCACCUCGUGUGCCACAUGAGAGUUCACACCGGAGAGAAACCGUACAUCUGCCCACAGUGCGGAAACGGCUUCAGUCAGAACUGGACCUUUAUAAAACACAUGAGAGUUCACACCGGAGACAAACCGUUCACGUGCGGUCAGUGUGGAAAGAGUUUUGCGCUGAAAGAAACUCUGAACUCUCACGUGAACGGUCACUUCAAAGAGAACAGCUAUGUUUGUCAGAAGUGUGGAAAGAGUUUCGGUCAUAAAGCCAGCUUCAAGACUCACAUGAGAGUUCACACGGGAGAGAAACCAUACGCGUGCUCUCAGUGCGAGAAGAGCUUCGGAUACAAACAGUCCCUCGAUUCCCACAUGAGGAUUCACACCGGAGAGAAACCUUACGUGUGUCAGGAGUGCGGAAAGGGCUUCUCUCGGAAAGGAGACCUCAAGCUUCACGCGGUUGUUCACACCGGAGAGAAGCCGUUCGCAUGCGAUCGCUGUGGAAAGAGUUUCGGACGCAAAGUGAACCUCAAUCAGCACGUGAAGAUGCACUUCUGGAAAGAUGUAGUUUUAGAGUUCUAGUAUUCAAUGCUUUCUGUAUGGAAUAAUUUUGAAAGAUAGGAAACCCCUUAUGCAUCAUGUUAACACUGUUUACCCAAAAAGCCAAUCAUGUAAAUACGUAAGUCGGUCUUGGUGUUAUUUACAGUGUUAUAUAUGCUCCAAUAUAAAUUUACAAAAAUGGCACUGC